AGGAAAAGUUUUCGAAACAUGGUCAUCGGCUUACUCACCAUUGCCGCCAUCCCCACAGUCAUCGGCACCGGGCAGGCCGUCAGCGCGCAGAAGAAGCAGAAUGCCGCCGCCAAAGAGCAGGCCAAGUUCAGCCUCACGGCGACCAUGACCAUCGACGGCAAGCGGGAAGAAGCGCCCUGCGUCCUCGUCGACAACAAGGCAAGGUACUACUUCAAUUACCCCUCCGAAGAGAACUACCGCGGGCUGGUAUCAACCAUCUCGGAAGAUCCGCCGAUGCUGAACUGGAUCUAUGUCGACGCCGAUACCCGAGCCGUUCGGCACGGAGGUCGUAAAGACACAAUCGGCCACGUCAUAGGACCCUGGGGCUGGACUGAAGAUGAGAGGCAUCUGAUGCUGAGAGGCAGUGGCAUGGGGUUUGUGGCUGCCCUCGAAGACGACGGCAGAUGGGCGGUGUAUUGGGAUCCGGACGGGAGGCUGCGGCAAGGGUACGAGCCGGAUGAGUGUAUAGAGAUUGUCCUGCGGCGACAGAUGGCGCUAGGCAUUGAGAGCGCAUAUGUUCGAGAUUGA